AUGGCUAGCUCUACUAAGGUUUUGGUGUUUGUGCUUGUUGGUGCGCUUAUAUUCAUCAGUGGCACUACAUAUGCCAGGAUGGUUAGUGAGGAUGUGAGCAAAAAGGGUGGUGGUGCUUUUAAGGAGGCCAAGACAUAUGCAUUUUUCCAUCACAAGUUUCCAGGUUAUGGAUAUGGAUUAGGUAAAGGCAUAGGUUUUGGUGGUGACUUCGGAAGUGGAGUAGGCUAUGGUGGUAAUGUUGGUGGGUUUGGGAGUCAAACUGGGUCGGGUUCCAGUUCCGGUUCUGAAUCUGGCACUGGCACUGGCACUGGAGCUGGAUCUGGAUCUGGAUCUGAUGCCGCAGCCGGAGCUGGGGCUGGGUCUGCAGUUGAAGGGCAAGGUGCUGGUGGUGGAUCGCCUUGA